AUGGCAAAAGUGCAUGAAGCCUUGAAACCAAUCCAGUGGCUCAUCGGAACGUGGGAAUCCACAAUUGCCAAAGGGCAUUUUCCAACUAUUAAAGAUUUUACUUAUCAUGAGAUAAUGAAGUUCGAAUCACUGGGACAACCACUGUUGAAUUAUGAAGCUCGUUCCCGUCACCCUGUGUCCGGAGCGCCUAUGCAUUUGGAAUCGGGUUUCUUACGAGUGAAACCAGGAACAAACCAACUAGCGUUUAUGGUUUCUCAUAAUUUUGGUCUUACAGUAUUGGAAGAAGGUCUAGCAAAGGAGAAUUCACUAGAGUUAGAAUCGAAAUCGAUUAGCCGGAUGUCGUUUGCGAAAGACCCGGCUGUUAAUUUGAUUAAAAAGAACUUCAAGUUGCUCGAUGAUGGAACAAUGCAAGUUUCGACUGAUAUGGAAACUAGUAAUACGCAAUUGACCAAUCAUUUAAUUGUUGUUUACAAAAAGAAGGAACAAUAGUUUUACUUCCUACUACGGUAAAUAGUAGUAGCUAUAGCCAUCGGCGUUACUCGUGAUAAACCAUUGUGAACUCUGCUGAGAAGCCGGCGUUUGGUUUAGAGAAUUAUUAUUGGAAUCCAUAUUUAGGAUUGUUGCUGGUGCUACUGCAGGCGGCACUGGGGAAGGCUGGGUAUAUAUCGGAACAUCGUAGUAGAAUUCAGCAACCUGUGGUGAUGGCGUAGUUGGAUAGUUCAGUUCUCGUUUCAAAUGCCGAAUAUAUUUUAUUGCUAACCUAAAAAUAAAUUUAUCAAUUAUGUUUAUAAAAAUUCAAAUAGCAUUCAUUGUACCUCAAACACUCAAUUUUGGAAUACUUUUUUCCGGAUGGCUUGGAGUGAGGUAACUUUGAGCGUAAUAAGUCGAAGGCACGAUUCAUAUCUCGCAUUCGUGUUCUUUCUCGGU